AUGAUACGACAAGCAUUGAUAUACUUCGCGAUAUCAUCUCUACUCUUAAUGCCAACUACGAAUUCCUAUAAAACCUGGAACGAAAUUUUAAAACAGCAGAAAAAGGUUGAAAACGAAACGUUCACGGCCUCUGACACGAUGGUCGGGAAAGCUAUGGACUUUAUUUACACGAAUAGAACAGUCAUGAGUUUCUUAGCAAGGGAACUAUGGAAUAUGGGUUCGACGGCUAUUGAUAAAAUUGUACAAUUGAAAGGUUCGAAAAAAGAUAAGAAAUAAAUUCAGCCAGCUUUGUGCAUGUUUAUUAUACAACAAUUUUGUUCUGAAAUAAAAA